GUCAUAUUGACGUCAUAACCGGCUAGCUGCGUCCGGAAAAUCUCUUUAAAAUCAGUUUUUUUUACACCAGAACAUUUAUUCUUAAUAAAUAAAUCCAGUCUUCUUCAUUUCGGGGAUGAAUUUUCACGUGAACAUUUUCCCGCCGCUCUCCAGCUUUGUUCUUCUCUGCAGCCUUACGUCACAGGUCACGUGCUCUCCCUAAACCGAGGCUCCAUUUUGUUUUUGUCAUCUUCGCGGGAGCAUCACAUCGAUCCUUCCAGGUCGUCUGCAGUCUCCGGGAUGAGCGGGUGUCGCAUCUUCAUCGGCCGCCUGAGCCCGUCCGCGCGGGAAAAGGACGUGGAGCGGUUCUUCAAAGGCUACGGUCGCAUCCGGGACAUCGACCUGAAGCGGGGCUUCGGCUUCGUGGAGUUUGACGACCCCCGAGACGCCGAGGACGCCGUGUACGAGCUGGACGGCAAAGAGCUCUGCAAUGAGAGGGUGACCAUCGAGCACGCCCGCGUGCGCCUGCGGGCGGGCCGCGGGCGCGGUGGUGGUGGCGGCGGCGGCGGCGGGCGAUUCUCUGACCGUUACAGCAGAGGCUCCCAGAACAGCCGCAGCCGGAACCCCCCUCCCAUGCGGACGGAGAACCGUCUGGUGGUGAAGAACCUGUCGUCGCGCGUCAGCUGGCAGGACCUGAAAGACUUCAUGAGACAGGCCGGAGAGGUGACCUUUGCUGACGCCCACCGCCCCAAACUCAAUGAAGGCGUGGUGGAGUUUGCGUCCUACAGCGACCUGAAGAACGCGCUCGACAAGCUUUCGGGGAAGGAGAUCAACGGCAGAAAGAUCAAGCUCAUGGAGGCGUCCAAGAAAAGGUCCAGGAGUCGCUCGCGCUCCGACAGCUCGUCGCGGUCCCGCUCACGUUCCCGCGGCCGCUCCCCGUCUCGCUCCCCCAGGCGCUCCCGCAGCCCGACCAAGGCCCACCAGCGCUCCCGCUCCCGCAGUGCCUCUCCUGCGGGGGGCGCCUCAACCCCCAGCCCUAAAGAUGCUAACAAACACUCCUCCAAGACCAGCAAGUCUGUGACGCCCACGUCCCCCCCCCUUGCCCAGAGGGCGUCCCCCUCCCGCUCACGGUCCCGCUCUCGUUCACGCUCUCGCUUUGGGGGGGGGGGGGUCUGAAUCCUAAAUAUCAUGUAAGCUUCUUGUUGUUGUUGUUUAUCCCCCCUCCCCCCCCGGUUCUUGCCAGUGAGCUCUGCCAAGGCCCGUUUUCCGACAGUCAGCUGUGGGGGCGGGACUUUUGCACGUUUCCACAACAGUCCACAGCAUCAUCUGGAUCUGGACCCACGACACCUCACACACCCCCCCACUCAGAAAGUGACCGUUGUGGAGCUUCGUUUGGGUUUUUUUGUACAACAGAGCCGUUUUCCUGGUUUCAAACUGUAGAUCAAUAAACCUGUUUGACUAAACAA